UCGCGGCGCGCCGUCCGGGCCGAGUGCGCCUGCGCGGGCCGGCGCGGAGCGGGCGGCAUGGCGUUCCGGCAGGUGCUGCAGCUGGCGGCCUGCGGGCUGGCCGGGGGCUCGGCCGCCGUGCUCUUCUCGGCCGUGGCGGUGGGGAAGCCGCGCGCGGGCGGGGACGCGGAGCCGCGCGCGGCCGAGCCGCCGGCGUGGGCGGGGGGAGCGCGGCCGGGGCCCGGCGUCUGGGACCCCAACUGGGACAGGCGAGAACCAUUGUCUCUGAUCAACCUGCGGAAGAGGAAUGUGGAGUCCGGAGAAGACGAGCUGGCUUCCAGGCUGGACCACUACAAAGCCAAGGCCACGCGGCACAUCUUCCUCAUCAGGCACUCCCAGUACCACGUGGACGGCUCCCUGGAAAAGGACCGCACCCUGACCCCACUGGGUCGCGAGCAGGCUGAACUAACUGGGCUCCGACUCGCGAGCUUGGGGUUGAAGUUUAACAGAAUCGUCCACUCCUCCAUGACCCGUGCAGUGGAGACCACCGACAUCAUCGGGAGACACCUGCCAGGCGUCUGCAAGGUCAGCACAGACCUGCUGCGGGAGGGCGCCCCCAUCGAGCCAGACCCACCGGUGUCGCACUGGAAGCCAGAAGCUGUGCAGUAUUAUGAAGACGGAGCCCGGAUCGAGGCCGCCUUCCGGAACUACAUCCACCGGGCAGAUGCCAAGCAGGAGGAAGACAGUUACGAGAUCUUCAUAUGUCACGCCAACGUCAUCCGCUAUAUCGUGUGCAGAGCGCUGCAGUUUCCUCCCGAAGGCUGGCUCCGCCUCUCCCUCAACAACGGCAGCAUCACCCACCUGGUGAUCCGACCCAAUGGCCGAGUGGCGCUCAGGGCCCUUGGUGACACAGGGUUCAUGCCCCCCGACAAGAUCACCCGGUCUUGAGGGCUGUCCGCCAAACUCCACCCUCCUCCUCAGCUCAAGACCUGGCUCUGGCCGCGGCUUCCUUCCGUCUUCCCUGUACAGGCUGCGCUGCAGUUACGUGUUGUUUCUGAGGACGAGGCCGGCAGAAAAGUGGAAAUGUCUAAAAUGCUGCAUUUGGGUGCUUAUUCCUGGCCCAGGCUGCAAAGGGAAAAAUGUGGAUCAGACAGCCUGACUUCUUUGCAUGGUUUUCUACCUUCCUGUGACCUGCCAGGAUGACUCGGGGGCUGAAGUGGAACCUCGGACAGAAGUCAGGCCCGUUUGGGGACAGACUGACUCACUCUGGGCGACCCUGGGGCUCCCGUCAGGAACCUGUCGGGCACAAGGGUCUGCUCACAACCCAUUUUACUUCAUACAUUCUUUGGUUUCUCAAAACCCUUUGUCACUUAAGUAUUUGUCAUUUAAAGAUUUUCCUGAUCUGGGUUCUUGCUUGGAAAACCAGUUUCUCGCUCCAAAGUCACAGAUCCCCAGCGCCGUUGGGUCUGAUCCCCUACUCUACCAGGACUUCCAGGGCACAGGGACUUGCCAGCUACGCAGAUGAACUCGGACAGGUGAGGGACGAAACAAGUCUGUGGCGGUGACGUGACCUGGACCUUCGGUCUCGAGGGAGGUGCAGGCUGGUGACAGCCCAGGAGGGGUGUCCCGUUUCAGAAACUAUCCCAGACUCAUAGCUCAGUCUUAGUUUGCCCCUAGUUGAUCUUUAAUGCUUAUGGAUUAAAAUAUUUAAACAUGAUGUAUCUAUUUCAAAUAUUCUGUUAAUUUAGGAAAAACUACAAUUUCUAUGAAGUGGUUAUGAACAUUUUCUGCAAUCAAUAGAACUGACUGGGAUAUCUGAUCUAUUUCUCUGUCCA